GGCGGUCUUGAAAUCGGAACGGGAACUUUUCUAGACAAGCUCAUUGUCAGCUCCAUUACCAAUCACGGAGGAGACAACCCUUGUCCUAACUGUGGAGGAAAGCAAUCCAACACGCAUGGAGUUAUCUCUUCUUGUCUCGAUUGCUUUCUCGCCGGAGGAGACCUCCUUCGCUUCGAGUACAGCGUCUCUCCGGCUCUGUUCAUGUCCAAGCUUAGAGGCGGUACCUGCACGACGGCGGCUUCGGAUCCUUCGGAGGAAGUGAUCUCUCGCGCGGAGUUUCUUUUGCUGAGAAACGGGUUUGGUGAGUACCAUGUGUUCGAGAAUAAUUGUGAGGAUUUCGCGAUGUAUUGUAAGACGGGUUUGGUGGUGGGGAGAAGCUAUGUGCUUGGGAGAAGCGGUCAGGUUAACUCGGUGAGUGCGGCUGCGUGCGUGGCGCGUAUGGUUAGUCCUUGGGCUAGUAAUGCUAUACGUCUCUGUUCGGAUGUUGGUAUGCGUAAGGAU